AUGGGACGCCCGCAGGACUUUACAACCAGGCCUCCCAUGGCAGUUUAUGGAGUACCUGGUGAGGCGGAUUUGGUGAAGCGGAUUUGCGAUAUGCUGUCCUUUAAGCCGCUUGAGGUCAACAACUUGUCCUCAAAGUUUGCACAUGUCUUCAACCAGGUGGUGAGGAACCACGAAGAAACGCCUUUUGUGGCUGACAAGAAGAAUGACGGCAGCUUCAAAAAGUGGCUGCAGGCAUGUGGGUUUGAGGUUGGUCCUCUCUUCGAGCGAAACAAAUCGCUGGUAUACUUGCCUGUGCGAGCAAAGCCUUUGGAGCGUGCCAAAGGAAUCAACCAGGAGCGCCGCUAUGUGUAUCGAGGAAAGCAUGGAAACAGAGGUGUCGGUGUAGGUGCAAAGAUUGCCGAAGAGCUGGCGUCUACUUUGGUGGAAGAGGAAUGCAGGAUCCGAAAGGAGAGGUGGGAGGUGAAGCAGACUGAGAUGACUGAUACCAAGAACAAGGAUCCAGAUCAGAUCCUGCAGGCGUGCUCGAUGGAACAGCCAGGGCAUGUUGAGCCGGAACCGGAGGACGUGGCGAAGGAGCACGAGGAUCAGGAGAAGGAUGACUGUGACGAAGAGCAAUCCGAGCAAACACUUUCAGAUGAGGACAAAGACUUGGACCUUGAUUCAUCAGCUGCCUGGGUGGAGGUGCAUCCAGCAUUUGCUGCGAUUGAAGAGGAGCUGGACGACUUCAUCGUGGUUCCAGAAAUUGAUUGCGCGUGGGAGGAGGUACCGGUGGACCCUCGAUUCCUUUCUGAAGCAAGAGCCGUGUUCCGUGGAAAGGCGGUUGACUUUGUCACCUACAACAAUCAUGAGAUCCUCACGGAUUUGUCAAACAAGACUGGUGCCAUGAUUGAUGUCUCUGGUGAUCGCGACACGCCAAAACGACUCAGUGACCGAAUCAUUACCAUCAGCGGACAGGCGAAUCAGAAAGAAGGUGCCUGUUUGGGGAUCGUGGAGAAGCUACGCAAGCUGCAGGAUCUUUUGGACAGCGAAGUGGGCUUCUUUGUCAUCAUCGUUCCCGCAACGGCCAUUCCAGUGAUUGUUGGGAUCAAAGGUGCAACGAUUGCGGAGGUGCUUGCAGGGACGGGAGUUGAGGUCAGCAUUGGUAAGGAAAAUGUGAUGGGGAUGCCGGACACUCCAAUAGGCUUGGAGGGCACGGCUUCACAGGUUACCACUGCAGUUGCCAACAUCCACAAAGUAAUCCAGGACAUGGCAGACCGUGGAAGGCUCCUUCCUGCAGAUUUCAAGUAUCGUCCAGACAAGGCAGCAGCCCAACUGGCUGCCGGAGCAGGUGCACAUCUGCCGGAGGUGCACUUGCCGCCAGCAGAUCAUGACCUCUUCUAUGGCAUGGACCCCACGCAGAACUUUAGAACAAAGGCCAAGAUUGUCGUUGACACUGGCCUGGCAGGAUGGCUGAUUGGCAAAGGUGGCCGCACCAUCCGCGAGAUGCAGGAGAAUAGUGGCGCCUUUCUGCAUGUCAUCCGGGAGGACGAGCCAACUCCUUUGUUGUCACCCGGGGAACGGCUCAUUGAGGUAUGUGGACGCCUGGAGCGCAAGCUCGAAGGAAUCCAGGUGGUGCUCCGUACCGCUGACAGCAUGCCUGGAAAUGCACCAAAAGAUACUCGCAUCAUCGUUCCCGAAGUACUUGCAGAUCCUCUCAUCAUGGACCAGGUUGCUUCCGCCUACAACAGCUGCGUGGUGGAGAGACUACCAGGUGCAGCUGAUGGUGAGGCAAUGCUGCUGGUAGCUGGGUCUAUCAGCUCACGGAUCCAGGCAGUGCAGGAGUUUAUGUCGAAGACAGACCGUGCACACAUGGAGGGCAUAGCAGUGGCCAAGAGUGUGGAUGGUGAAGUGGUAGGCAAAGAUGGCCGACCUCGGCGGGAAAUCCGGGAGGCGGAACUUGCAGUUGUUUGUAUCCACGUUCUGCCAAGCUUGGCAGUUUUGGACUCUCAGGGUUUAGGCUAUGCGCCCAGCAACCCCCCUCCUCCUCGAGAACCGGCACCGUGGUUGCUGCGCGAUCAGACAGAUGGGCAAAGAAUGGCCAGUGAGGCCAGUGAGGCAAGAUCAGGAUUUGAAGAGCGAGCUCAAAGUGAAAGCUACGCAUCCAUACCUGAGCCAUAUCAGGCAAGGCAAAUGGCCGAUGCUUGGCCCGGUGCUGCCAGCUUAUCCUCCAGUGCUUCCAACACUAGAAGAGGUGGAGGCAAGGAUUUGAUGCCAGCUGCGAGCUCCGGCAAUGGUUGGCAAGGACUGCAAGCACCGGUGUCUCCGCAUGCUGGAAGCACGAGGCAGCCAAGCUCUGUUGAGGCCCCGCCAGCUUCCAACAUGUUGAAUAGUCCGAAUGGCAUGACUUCCUCGCAGCAGCGAAUGGUACACUCACCUGAGCCAGUGCCAAGCAAGUCGACAAAGGAGCACGAGGUGCAGUCACUGCGUGAUGCUUUGGCUUCAGCCACGAAGGCGGCGCCAGAGGUGGAGGCUUUGCUACUUCGCAGUGCUUCGACCGGCAGCACGCGGACAGAACUUCCUGUCAUUUUGAGUAGUGAUCUUUUAUUUAAGACGCUAGUCCCAAGUGGAUUCCUGCAAGAUUUGUCUUGCAGAUACCAGGUCCACAUUGAUAUCAGCGCAGAUGAGUCAUUACCAGCGUCCUUGAGACAAGUGGUAUUAAGUGGCACUGCUGCUGCCAAUGCAGCGGCCGCCUACUGGUUGCAGGUUGGGACACUGCGCCAUUUGGUGAGAGACGGCUGAAUGCAUGUGGUGAAGAGUGCUGAGUGCGCCUCCCAAAUCCUCUCAAUGACCGACGAGCUGCCUUCAUCUCCUUGGUGACACGAACAGCAUGCUGAACGUCCAGGACCACCGCCUAUUCCGGCACAGUUCGAAGACUGAACUGGACAAUGUACAUAGCAGCAAAGUAUUCUGCUGAUCACGGAAAA